AUGGUUGGAAUUGCACAGACAGAGCAGUUAACGGCAUUGGCCGCUACCACCGUCAUCGUACACCCACUUGUUCUACUCUCUGUUGCAGAUCAUCACGGUCGAACGAGCGCACGAGCGUCGAAUAAGCGCGUAAUUGGAGUGCUACUCGGGCAGGACAACGGCAAGACGAUCAAUGUCGCCAACUCGUUUGGAAUUCCGUUUGAGGAAGAUGAAAAGGACCCAAAGACAUGGUUCUUGGACCAUAAUUACAUCGAAAGCAUGGCGGAAAUGUUCAAAAAAGUAAACGCAAGGGAAAGAAUGAUCGGAUGGUAUCAUACAGGUCCUCAACUCCGCGCUUCCGACCAGGAAAUCAACGAUGUCUUCAAACGAUACAUCCAGCGACCCGUCCUGGUCAUCGUAGACACACGACAGUCUACUGUAGGAAUUCCUACAGAAGCAUACUUUUCCGUUGAGGAGAUCAAAGACGAUGGCACCGAGUCGAAGCGAACCUUCUUCCAUGUCCCAUCUGCAAUUGAAGCGGAAGAGGCUGAAGAGAUUGGCGUCGAGCAUCUCUUACGCGACAUCAAAGACUCGACUACCACCACUUUGGCGACACGCGUGACACAACAAGCCGAUUCCCUACGAGCUUUGCAAUCGAGAAUACGAGACCUGCGCGACUAUCUCCUCCAAGUGGCCCAGGGUAAAUUGCCCGUGAACCAUCAGAUUACCUAUCUCCUUCAAGACGCACUCAAUCUCCUCCCCGACCUCUCAAAUCCGCUCACCACCGGUAGUUUUAUCAGCAAUACCAACGACCAGCUCCUCGUCGUCUACUUGAGCAGUCUCGUUAGGGCGGUUAUCGCUCUACAUGCUCUGGUCGACAACAAGGCGCAGAAUAGCAGAAGCGAGGCCGAAGAAGCGAAAAAGAACGAGGCUAGUGCACUCGGCAAAGACAAGGAAAAGUCAAAAGACUCGAAGGAGGAAAAAGCUAAGACGUCUUGA